GAAAAUUAGAACAGAAAUAAAUUGAUCUUGAAACUAGUUACUGUGCUACUCAUUUUGACUUUUUUUGCUUUUGUUUUUUUUUAAUAAGAAAAUAAACUUAAAUUUCCUUUACAAAUAAAUUGUCUAGUUAAAAUAUACACAUAUAUAUAAUAACAACAAUAAAUAGUCAAUUAUGAAGGUCAUUCUACUACAUUUAAUUGUAUCACUGCUGAGCUGUGUGCAAAGUUCUGUUAUACCAAUUAGCACAAAUCCAGCUGGUAUAACAAUUAUAAAUGCACCACCUCCAGGUCAAUCAAUUGCAAUUCAAGCACCAGUUGUACCAAAUUCAAUUGCGUUAGCUCCAGCUCAUACAGUUGCCCAUACAGCUGUAGUAGCAACAGCAGAAAUUCCACCAUCCAAAAUACCGGCUGCAGUUGCCGUUGUUGAAAGUCCAGCAACAAUUCCAAAAUCUGAUACUCACGUUGUUGUUAAUGUUGAAGGAUUAACAUCAUCUUCUAAUAUACCAGCAGCAGUUGCAAUUGCUGAAAUUCCACCAUCAAAACCAAAUACAUCAGUUAUUGUAUCAGAUAUAGUAUCAGUAACAGAAGAUCCUGAAACGGAAGCCGAAACACCAGAUCCAUAUGAUAAUGGUGAAGAUCAUAAUGAUGAUCAUACUGAUGGUCAUGAUGGCAAUGAUGAUGAUUCAACAUCAACACAUGCAAUUUCAUUGAGUGGCUCACCAGCUGUGGUAACUGCACCUGUUUCAACUAUUGUUUCUGCUCCCGCAGCAUCGACACUUGUUUCAACUCCAACGGUUAUUGCAGGACCACCAACUAUAGCAGGUGCUGCGGUUCAUACAACAAGUUCUAUUGUAACUGCAUCAGGAUCAGUUGUAACUAGCCCAGUGGUAGCCGGAGCAGUAGUUACAAGUCCAGUAGUAAGCAGUGGGGCAGUUUUAGCGGCAGCACCAUCACCAGCUAUUAUCGCUGAACCUGCAACAGUUUUAGUACCUGCUGAAGGUACGUACUUAGCUAAAACAAGAGGUUCUGAACAUCUUGCUCCUCUACCAGGCCAUAUUAAUUCAGCAUCUUCAAUUAAUUUAGAGCCGGCACCAGGAACUAUUUAAAAACGAUUAUGUGUUCAACAAAAAACAAAAAAAUUAAAUUAAAUAUGUAAAAACGAAAACCAAAUAUUUUUGAUCGACGAUUCUUAGAUACUCAGAAAUAUUUUUUAUAUUUUCUAAACUGUCUGUGAGCCUUUACUUCCUAAACGUAUACAUUUUAAGAUGAAAAACAACAAUUUUCUUUCUACAAAAUUUUCAGUUUUAUUUAAUUUUUUAUUAUCAUUUUGUUAUCUAAUUUUAUUAUAAACAAAUAAACUUUAUUAUUAAUUAUUGAAAUAAA